GGCGUGACGCCAUCUCUUCGCGCCGCGGCGUUCGUUGCCUAGCGACCAUGGCGGGGCGGCGGGCCCGGGGCCCGCUGCAGCGGGUGCAGCGGCGGAGCCGGGAGCUGCAGGAGCAGGUGGCGGCGCUGCGGGCGGAGAGCGCGGCCUCGGCGCCCGGGCAGCGGAAGGCGCUGUCGCAGAGAUGCAUGGAGCUGAAGAAAUCUGUAGAGGAGAACACAAACGUACUUCAGAAUUUGAAAAAGGCUGAUGAACCUGCACCUGUAGGGAGUUAUAAUCAGAGGAAAGAGGAAGAAGAAAAACUAUUGCAAAAACUCUCUCAGCAGCUGCAGAAACUUGCUCUGAUCUUGGAUCAGGAUAAUGUGACUGUGAAUUAUACUGUAGAUGAGGGGCAUCAGAAGGAUGCUCAAACAGAAGAUGAAAAUGAAGAGGAUGAUGGUGAUGAAGAAAGUAGUGAGGAGGAAGACAGUGAUGAGGCAGAUGAUGAAGACGAAGAUCAAUUGUUGGAUGAUCCAAAUGUUAAAGAAUGUAUUGCAGUGGGAAACUUUAACGCACAGCAAGAAGGGGACCUCACAUUUAAAAAAGGUGAAGUCCUGGUUAUACAUGACAAGAAGGCCGAUGGCUGGUGGGUAGCUGAAAAUUCAGAAGGGGAGAGAGGCCUCGUUCCUAAAACCUAUCUUGCGGUCUAUAAUAGAGACGAAGAAAGCCAAGAAGAGGAAAGUGAAGAGCAGAUAGAGGUGGAAGAUGAAACAGCAGAUGGAACCAAAAUUAAAAAAAGGACAGAUUCUCACUGGAGUGCUGUAAGAAAAGCUGUCACAGAGAAUGACACGGUAGAGAUAUUGGCAACCAUGGGAGCCGUUCCUGCAGGAUUCCGCCUAUCCACACUUUUCCAGCUCUUAGAAGAAGGUAAUCAGUUUCGAGCAAGUUACUUUAUACAGCCUGAACUUACUCCCUCCCAACUGGCUUUCAAAGACUUGGUGUGGAACUCUGAAAAAAAUACUAUCCAUCGAAGAACAGCUCGAGUAUCCAUGAUUAUAACUUUAUGGAGCUGUAAAAUGAUUCCUGUCCCAGGAGUCAGCAUACAGGUUCUCAGUAGACAUGUUCGACUUUGUCUAUUUGAUGGCAAUCGAGUGCUCAGUAACAUUCAUACAGUAAGAGCUACAUGGCAACCUAAAAAUCCCGAAACAUGGACCUUUUCUCCAAGGGUAACAGGCAUUUUACCCAGUUUGCUGGAUGGUGACUGUUUUGUCAGGUCCAAUUCUUCAUCUUCAGACAUUGGCAUAUUAUUUGAACUUGGCAUCACUUAUAUUCGCAAUUCUACAGGUGAAAGAGGAGAGUUAAGUUGUGGCUGGGCAUUCCUGAAGCUUUUUACUUCUGAUGGAGUGCCUGUUCCUUCCAAAACGCAUGAGCUGCUACUAAAUGGUGGUACUCCCUACGAGAGAGGUGUUGAGGUUGACCCAUCAGUAUCAAGAAGAGCAAGUGGCAGUGUUUUUCAUCAAAUUUUAACACUCAGAAAGCAGCCUGCACUUCUUGUGAAACUGAGGUCAUUAAGCAUGCAGUCGAAAGACAUCCUGAAUUUGCUGCCAGAAACAUUAAUUGGUAGUAUGUGCUACAUCCAUCUCUUGAUAUUUUAUCGACAAAUACUUGGUGAUGCACUCCUGAAAGACAGAAUAAGCAUGCAAAGUGCCGAUUUAAUCUGUAAUCCUAUUUUAGCAACUUUCCCCCAACUCAUGGAUCAGCCAGACCUGAUGGAUGCACUUCGGAGUGCUUGGGCGGAUAAAGAAAGAACUUUGAAGAGAUCAGAGAAGAGAGACCAAGAAUUUCUGAAGUCUCUGUUUGUCCUGGUGUACCAUGACUCUGUCUUUCCUCUCCUCCAGUCCACUUUCCUCCCCAGUCACAAGUGGGCUGAAGAAGAGUCUGAAGCAUCUCGCUGGAAGGUGAUUGCUGACUUCUUGAAAAAGAGCCGGGAGAAUGACGGUGCACUUCAGUCUUUGCUGACAUCAGAAAACACUCACAAAGCCUUCGAUAUCUCAGAGUUGACUUAUGAUUUCUUAGGAGAAACUAGGAAAACCAAUCCUGUAUUAUGAAUAGAUUACAGAAGAACAACAUAGGGUAUAAAAGAAUUGAGUGAUAAUAUAAAUGAAUUCUUGACGCAGAGAAAUUGCGCCUGUGCAAAACAGAUUUUGUAAGGUUUUUAAUAUACUAUCUGAAUUGUAAUAAAUAUUUUAACAUAUGUUAACACUAA